GGCCGGGGCGGUUUCGGGGGCGCGCCGGCGGAAGCGGAAGUGGCGGCGGGCGGCGAUGGAGGAGCCGGAGAUGCAGCUGAAGGUGAAGAAAGUCACAGACAAGUUCACGGAGAGCCUGUACGUGCUGGCCAACGAGCCCUCGGUGGCCCUGUUCCGGCUGCAGGAGCACGUCCGCAGGUCCCUCCCGGAGCUCGCCCAGCACAAGUCGGACAUGCAGAGCUGGGAGGAGCAGAGCCAGGGAGCCAUUUACACCGUGGAAUACGCCUGCAGUGCCAUCAAGAACAUGACUGACAGCACCGUGUACUUCAAGAGCAUCGACAGCCUCCUCAGGCACGCCAUCGCCACCAAGGAGCAGCUCCACGCCGCCCAGGGCAAGAGCACUGUUGCCCCCCAAGCCAAGAAUCCUCCAGCCAGCUCCUGAUUUCCUCCAGACCAUCCUGUGCUGCCUUUCCAGCCCAGCUCUGCUCUCCAGCCUCAGGAAGGAGCGAGGAACAACCUGCCCAACCUGUGGGGCUGCCCAGGUAGAGAGUCCAGAAGGUUCUGGGCCUUCCCUGAGUGGAAAAAUCUUGCCUUUGGGAGGUGCUCUCGUGUCCCCUUCCACAGCACCUGCCCAAGGGAGAGGGGCUGGUUGGGUUUGUCCUUUCCAGUUCUUCCUCUGCCUCUUGGUCACAGAAAUGUCUCAGAAGAAAAAAAGCCAAAAAAAACCCCCCAACAAACAAACAACAAAAGAAAACCCCAAACCAGGCCUUGCUUUCAGUGUUUUGGAGGUGGUUGUGGAAGGGCUGGAAUGUGGGCACGCUCCAGCUCUGUCCAGCAGGAAUUCUGCAAGGAGAGCUUUUCCUGGCUGUGUGCCAGGGGGUUGCUGGGUUCGGUUUUAAUGAGAACAAUAAUAAAAAGAAGAGGAAAAACCAAAACAAAACACAAAAAAAACCCCAAAAAACCAAGAAGAAAGUUCUGUUCCAAACCUUCCCCCCCUCGGGCUGGGGGGUCCUGGCUCCACGUGUUCCAAAGGGCACAGAGCAGAACAGUGCAGAGCUGGAGGCUUUCAAGUGGGGAAAGGGACUGUCCUGUUCUUUAAAACCCAACAAAACCAAAAAAAAAGGGGGGGAUUUCUUCAUCCCCUGUCGAGCAGUGGGAAGCAGAGCUGUGCUCACAGCUCUGGGGGUCACUGGAAAGAGGAUCUUUGGAGUUCAUCUCUCCUGGAUCCAGCAGGAUUCUCCUGCUGAGGAGUCUGCCAAGGAUACAGGGAACAGAGCAGUGUCACCCCAGACCCCCCUCUGUGCCAGCCAAGCCCACCCUGUGCAGGCUGAGUGAUGCCUAAAAUCCACAUAAACACAUAUUUAAGGCA